AUGGGUGAUCCACUUUCCAUUGCUGCAAGUGCGGCGGGGCUCGUCUCCUUAGGCCUGACAGUGUGUUCUGGUCUCCUCGACUACUACAGCGCGUGGAAAGACCAGCCUUCUGACGUCUCCGAAAUGUGCGAAUCUUUGGUAGCUCUCAACAAGACGUUCGACAUGCUGAACGAGAGGGUCCGCCACCCUUUACUUGACCCCAAAAGCGUCGAUCGAGUCACAGAAAGCAUCAUAUCUUGUGCUGCCGGGGUUCAGGGAUUACGAUCUAAGUUGGAGAAGAUCCGUAAUGCUAAGCCAGGUAUGAGCGCACGUCUCCAAAGAGCUCAGUAUCCAUUUCAGCGAAAAACGCUGGAGAAGCUGCUGCGGAUGAUCUCGGAUCUUCGAAGCAAUCUGAGUCUGGCAACGAACACUCUUCAACUUGAUAUCUCUACAACGUCACUUGAUCGAUUGAGUCAAGUAGAUACAAGCAUAAAGAAGCUAAUCGACAACUCCGAAGUCUCCAGUACGAAGAUUCUUGACAGCAUUUCGGAUGUGCACCUCAAUCAGGAGCAAGAGAAGUUGCGAGCACUUAGUUCCGAGGAACAGGAUGUAAUGAAAUGGCUCUCUCCCCUAGAAUUCUUCUCCAAGCAAAGCGAUGCUCUGAGUAGACGUCAGAAAGGCACUGGUCGAUGGCUGCUCGAGUCUACCGAGUUUCGCUCUUGGGUUGGUACUGCUGGAAGAGUCCUUUGGUGCCCGGGAAUGCCUGGUGCGGGUAAGACUAUCCUAGCAUCAAUGGUCGUUGAUUACCUUGAACAGGGGCACAGACGGGGGACUACUGGGGUUGCCUAUGUCUUUUGUGUGCACAACAGUGGAAAUCAGACCGCAAGCAACUACCUCGGAAGCUCGCUACGACAACUCGCCAUGCAGAGUGCUGCAAUCUUGGAGGAUAUCAAGUCAUGUCAUAGGCAUCAUACUCGAUACGAGACCCGUCCUUCUCUCAAUGAGAUUGCUAGGCUACUACGCUCACAGGUCGAAAAGUUUGAUGAAGUGUUCAUUGUGAUCGAUGCUCUUGACGAGUGCCCUGAACAGGACCAAAUUCGAAAGUUUUUUCUCGCCGAGCUCCGUGCUUUGGUACCUAAAGUGAGCCUCAUGGUUACUUCGCGAGAUAUGCCGUCUAUCGAGAACAUGUUCAAGCACGACAUACGCCUUGAGAUUCGCGCGCAAGACCAAGACAUCAGGGCAUUCAUCAAGUCACAGAUAGAGCAGCGAGAUGGACUGGUCGAUCUCCUUGAAGGCCAUAACGAUGUGCGAUCCAGAAUAAUUGCGACAGUACUGGAGAAGACAAAUGGCAUGUCUCCAUCGCUUCCAAGCUCACCAAAAGAAAGGUUCCUGAUUGCAGCCUUGCACAUGGAUUCUCUUGCCAAAGAAGACAAUAUUCGUGAACUCAAGGAAAGUCUUCAACGCCUGCCCGUGGAUCUAGAUAAGACAUACGAUGACGCGUUAGAGCGAAUCCAACAACAAGACUCUCGAAAAGUAGCUCGAGCUGAUCAGGUCUUGACGCUUAUCAGUUGCGCAAAACGACCUCUGAAGCUGGAAGAGAUGCGACAAGCUCUGUCCAUCCGUAGAGGUGAUACCUUUCUAGACCCAGACGCUUUACCUAAAAGCGAGUCAUUUAUUUCGACCUGCUGUGGCCUCGUGGUUGUGGAAGAUGAAAGUCAGAUCAUUAGACUGGUUCACUAUACCACCGAAGAGUACUUCAAACGUAAAGUACAACGAUAUCGCAGCCCAGAAGCUCAUGAGUAUUUCGCUGGUAUUCUCAUUACCUAUCUCAGUUUCACAACAUUCACAACCUUUUCUCUGGGCAAAGUAGUUGAAGACGCUACGAAAGAAGCAGCAGCAAGAGACGCCAACGUUCCAAUCAAUUGGGGCGAGGAGCGAACGGCGGUAGAAAACUACAUUGAAAGCCUCUUGAAGAGCAACGUCUUAGUCCACUACGCUGCAGAGAAUUGGGGUCACCAUACACGCGAUGCAUUAACUCACAUCGGAGAUAGUCCAGAAUCUUGUCACGCCACUAUCGAUCCCCAUAACAGCGAGCUGGACAACCUAUGGAAUCUCAAACGAAUGGUACAGGAAUUUCUUGAGAAAGAGCAUAAUAUUGCAUGUGCCUGUGAAGUUUUUCACCAGAUCCAGAAUCAGCUCGACCAUUUCACUGUAGGGUAUGAGUUUUGUGGCCCAACCAAUGUCACAAAUCUACACAUAGCUGCAUCAUUCGGAAUCCAGCAUUUCGUUGAAUACUACCUGAAUCAAGGGGCAGAAAUUGAUGCAAAAGAUUCUUUCGGUAUGACAGCCCUACACAGGGCAGCCCAAUACGGUCAUGUAGAAGUUGUGCGACUACUGUUGGAUUCCGGGGCCGAUAUUGGAAUCCGAGACCAAUGGGCAUGUAGUGCAUUAGUCCGGGCCGUCAGUAGGAAUGAAGUAUCCGUGUCGCGAUUACUUCUACAGUACGGCUCAGACCCUGAUUUCAAGAGCUACCACGAACUUUCAACAAUCUCCAUCGCGGCUACCCGAGGCCACGAAGAGAGUCUAGAGCUUCUGGCAGAAUGCAGAACCGACGAUGUUAGGAAGAAUCAAGUCAUGCGAGAUACGCUAUUUGGGGCCGCUUUUGAUGGACGCGAGGGUAUUGUGCGUCUUCUAGUGCGUGGCGGAAAAAAUUGGAGCAUCCCGAAAGAAUACGUUGCAAGGGCGAUGACCAAGGCAGCUUUUCAAGGUCACAUCACGAUAAUGAGGGUCUUACUGGAGGCCGGUGUUGACGUCAGUUCUCCGUUAUCACUUGCUGGAGAGGCCCUUCAGGAAGCGGCCAUGUGGGGCCGUUCAGAAGCUACUCAACUACUCCUCUCAGCAGGUGCUAAUCCGAACUUGAAGACGCAUGAUGGUGAUUUGCCCCUCCAUGCAGCAGCUCGGAAAGGCCAUGUCAGCACGGUUACUCUGCUGCUAGAAAAGGGUGCAGAAGUAAACGCUCUUAACUCGAAAGGCGAGACAGCCCUGCUAGUUAUAGCAGGUCCGAGAUACGGAUUCCUCGCAAGAACAACAUCAUUGCCUAAGGAUUCUGUACUUGUCAUGCAACAGCUCCUUGAUAAAGGAGCCAAUACCGCUGCAACAGAGCGUCAAGGCAAUCGAACUUCACUCGAAUGCGCAAUUCUUCGAGGCUACGAAGAUCUGGUACGGCUUUUACUCCAAUAUGAGAGCUUUCCAGCGACCCAAAAGAACCUAAUGCUCUAUAUGACAAGACUCUAUCACGAAAUGGGAGGAAUGUCAAAAAAUGAUGAGGUCGUCAAUCGACUACUUUGUGAAACAGAAGGACAGAAUUUGGGAGGUCUAUCAACAUUACUUCUGAUUCCCAUCCCUGCCGAAAGAGGGUACAAACGUGUGGUGCUCAAGUUCCUGCAAUCGGGUGCCGCCAUCGAGGCCAAGGAUUUCCACGGAAAUACGGCAUUACAACUGUCUGCAUGGGAAGGUCAUAUCGCAGUCGUCGAGCUUCUGCUACACCACGCAGCCGACAUUAACUCCAGAGGCCCACUUGAAGGUUCAACGGAUGCCACUCCGCUCAUGAUGGCUGCCAGCCGGGGAAGGACCGAUGUAGUAAGGCUCUUGCUAGAUCAAGGAGCAGACAUCGACGCCGCAUCGGCGAAUAAAAACUUCGGUAGUACCGCCGUUGCUCAGGCUUUACAUGGAGAUUCCACAGCAACAGCAAAAGUGCUACUGGAGAGAGGAGCUGAUGCAAAUGCCAGAUACAAUCAACACUCUGAAGGCACACUUCUCCACGCUGUGGCCAGGAAUGGUAAUUGGAAGAGUCAGAUACCGAACAUCGACCUCCUUCUCGAAAAGGGAGCCGAUCUGGAGGCAAAACAGAGUGACGGUCAGACGCCCCUUGCAGUGGGAGUCCAGUAUGAAAAAUUGAAAACAGUGCAACAUCUUCUAGAGAGAGGAGCCGAUCUGGAAGCGAAAGAUAGGCAUGGUCAAACGCCCCUGUCAGUGGCACUUCAAAAGGGUACACUAGAAAUGGUGAAUUUCCUUCUCGAGGAAGGGGCCGAUCUGGAAGCGAAAGAUAACCAUGGUCAGACACCCCUGAUAGUGGCCGUCCAGAAAAGAUCACCGCAAACAGUGAACCUCCUUCUCGAGGAAGGAGGGAACCUGGAAGCGAGGGAUAACAAUGGUCAUACACCUCUAGUGUUGGCAGUGCGAAGCGGCAGAUCUGAGAACGUAGAACUCCUGCUGGAAAGAGGAGCAGAUCCGGAACAACUUUCUCCCAGCGUAACAGCUGAGAAUGACGAUGUUAACAAAUGGGAUUUCAACAGAGCCGUCAGACUCGUCAUGGAAGCUCAGAUAAAGACUACAUGA